AAGAGGAACGACAUAGAUAGAAAUAAUAUGGAUAUCGACCUUUUGAAACUAAGUAAUUCUCUGUGGAAAAGGGAGACUCCAAAGACGUCGAAUAUUUCGAAAAUCUCUACGAGUCAAAAUCCACUCGCGGUAGAAGAGGAGCCAAUAACAGGGAGAAACGAAGUGGAGGACGAGGUAAUAUUGCUCAAUAAACGGCAAGCAUGGAAAAGAGAAAACGAAGAGCAAUUGGAAGAAGUUGCCUUCGGCGAGGACAUGAGAAAAGGGUUGAAGGACAAAGAAUUGUUCGAGAAACUGACCGAGAUAGAUAAGGAGAAGAGCUUAUCGGGGUCGGAUGCUGAGAAUAAACGAAAAGAUGGGAACGCGGAGACGAAUGUUUCGCCUAUUAGUUCGAACACGCGGCGAGACAAUGAUCUCGGGAUAAAAUACGAGGAUUGCGUUUCAUGCAACCGAAACAGUAAUGAUAGUUUAUCGGAGGAGGACAAGCUGAGGAUUCUUGAAGAAAGGAUAAACGUUUAUUCGGAUCGAUGAAAUUCUCCGCGCGAUAGCAAGGAUCGAAAGAAGAAAAAAUAAUCCUCUAUACCUGUGGAUUUAAUUUCACCCAUUUAUACAUUCACGACUCGAUUAAGAAUUAUUAUGAACCAUAAAUGACUAAAUUUGCGAGAAUCGGUAGAUUAGGGUACAUCGCACGCAAAUCAAGUUCUCGAUGAGCUUCAUCGAAAAGUUUCACGGUAAACCACAGCAAGGAUAGUCUCAAGGAAUGCCGAACAUCUUCAGAGGUAAUCAAACUUUCAACCGAUCGGAAGAGAGAAAACAGAUCAACUAGUACGAGCACAAAGACGGAGUCGAGAGAAAGCGAUGAUCGAUCUUUCUUUGGAUGAAUUUUUCUCGUAAUUAAUAAAUUUAAUUGUUUACACCCUCUCAAAUACAGAAACGCGGACAGUA